AUGGACGGGCAGAGCGGAACGAGCGGUGAAGCGCGGGUGCGGUACGGAGUGGUGGGGAGCGGCAUGAUGGGCGUGGAGCACAUCCACAACCUCGCCGCCAUGGCGGCCCGCCCCGACCUGACGGGCGGCGAGGCGGUGCAGCUCGUGGCGCUCGCCGACCCCCACCCGCCCUCGCAGGUCGCCGGGCUCGCCGCCGCUGCCCGCGCCGGCUGGACCGACGUGCAGCUGUUUCCCGACGUGCACAGCCUGCUGGCGAGCGGCGCAUGCGAGGUGGACGUGGUGGUGGUGGCGACGCCCAACAUGACGCACGCCGCGCUGCUGCAAGCCAUCCUGCGCCACCCGCGCCGCGUGCACGUGCUCGUGGAGAAGCCCCUCGCCACCUCCGUGCGCGGCUGCGACCUCGUGCGUUCCUUGGGAGGGAGGGGGAGAGGGGGGGAGGAGGGGGGGGGAGAGGGAAAGGAGUGCUGUGGGGAGAUGAACAGAGUGGAUGUUGAUUGCACACUGCGAUGCCCGCCCUUCAUGUCCAACCACCCGUCCCCUCCCUGCCUCUCACUACGUUGCUCCCGCACAUGCCGUGCUGUCUGCCCUCCUGCUCGCCUGUCUGCCUGUCUGCGCGCCCACUGGCGUGCAGGUGUUGGCGCUGGCAGCGGCGAGGGAGCGAGCAGCAGCGGGGGUGGUGCAGGUGGGGCUGGAGUACCGCUUCAUGCCGCCCGUCGCCGCGCUGCUAAAGGAAGUGCAGGGGGGCGCGGUGGGGCGAGUGCACAUGGUGGCCAUCAGGGAGCACCGCUUCCCCUUCCUCCACAAGGCACGCCCUCCCUGCCCACGCCCUCCCUGCCCACGCCCUCCCUGCCCACGCCCUCCCUGCCCACGCCCUCCCUGCCCACGCCCUCCCUGCCCACGCCCUCCCUGCCCACGCCCUCCCUGCCCACGCCCUCCCUGCCCACGCCCUCCCUGCCCACGCCCUCCCUGCCCACGCCCUCCCUGCCCACGCCCUCCCUGCCCACGCCCUCCAUGCCCUCGCCCUCCAUGCCCUCGCCCUCCAUGCCCACGCCCUCCCUGCCCACGCCCUCCCUGCCCACGCCCUCCCUGCCCACGCCCUCCCUGCCCACGCCCUCCCUGCCCACGCCCUCCCUGCCCACGCCCUCCCUGCCCACGCCCUCCAUGCCCUCGCCCUCCAUGCCCUCGCCCUCCAUGCCCUCGCCCUCCCUGCCCUCGCCUCCUUGCCUUGCCUUGCCUUUCUUUGCCAUGCCACUGUGUAUGGAGCAUCUCUGUCACUCUCACAGCGCGUGA